CGACUCUUCUUCCCCCUCCCGAACCCUCCUUCGCAUGACCCUGAGUUCCUCUAAUGGUAAUCAUGAUGAUGGUGAUAGCAAUGAUGAUGCUCUCUUCUGCCUAUCAUAUGGUUGUAGCACCCGGGUUCUCCGGAUACCCCCCUUAAUAGCAAGCUUAAUCCCGGACUCUAUUUCCCACCUAUUUGCUGAUAUUACUUCCGCGGACUUCCUGAGCCCUCGCUCUUUUUUUCCUUUUGGUCGGUCUUGAUCUUUUGUCUUCUUUUCCUUCGGUCUGGAGAGUUCUUUCAAAGGAAGCAAAAAAGAUUAAAAAAAAGCCAAGGAUUGAAUAGUCGCAUAUUCAAGAGCCUCACUGACAUACCAGCCCUUCAAUCAAGUGAAGUAAAGGGCAAUACAGCGUAAUCAUGCCUCUUAGCAGAGUGGCCAUGGGCCUGUUGGGCCUGUUCUUCACGGCCUCCGCCCUACUACUGAUGUUCCUCACCUUCCUUGGAGGCGCCAGGAACUCGAACCCGCUGAAUCAGAUCUACUUCCUCCAGGUAGAUACCAGCAGAAUCCCGGGGGCACCAGCACUCUCCCGUUGGACCUACUGGAAUCUCUGCGCCGUGAAUGAUCAUGGGAAGAGCGAAUGCGGCACCAACUACCCGGCCUACCCAUUCGACCCCCCGAGCCACCGCACGUUCGGCACGACGGAGGGUAUCCCUAAGGAUUUCAUCGGGACAAACCAUUACUUCCUGACGUCCCGGUUCUCCUUCCCGUUCUUCAUCAUCGCCCUGUUCUUCGCGGUCACCUCGCUGUUCACGGGCUUCCUGGCCAUGUGCACCCGCGUCGGGAGCUACCUGUCGUCCGCCUUGGCCUGGCUCGCUCUGCUCUUCGAGACGAUCACCACCUGUCUGAUCACCGCCGUGUACGUCCAGGGCCGCAACAAGUUCAACGCCAACGAUCAGAGAGCCCGUCUGGGAGUCAAGGCCUUCGCCUUCAUGUGGACCGCAAUGGCCUGCCUGCUGCUGUCCUGUGUUCUAUACUGCAUGGGCGGCGCCGUGGGCCAGAAAGAUUCCGGAUACAGCGGCCGUGAGCACCGUCGCCGCGGAUUCUUCUCUUCGCAGCGUUCUCCCAGCGUCGAGGCCAACAAGGAAGUCAACCCGUAAAUUAUUCCAAACAAGAACAGUCUCAAUAAGAGCCACGGCCCCUAGAACGUGUCUCUUCCGUCUUGUCGACUGCAUUUGCUUCCUCAUUGGUCCGUCUUCGCAGGUCGGUCUCGUCUAGUCGGCAUACUUUACCCGUCAGAUUCAUAUCUACCACUGGUAUUGUCAACGAGCGUGGCACCGUGCCUGCGAUAUUAAAAGUCACGACAAUAGCUCCCUCCUCCACCUCUACAUGUGGAAACCUGGAGCCGUCCUCAUCAUCCCAUAUUUAAUAUUUUAAAAACCCCCAUCUGUCUUGUCAUAUUUCAUGGUUCAUGCGUGUUGUUGUCUAAUUCAACCCAUGAUAUCUCUGUUUUUUGUGCUUGUGCUCUAUAUCGGCUAUAUCACUAGGUAGUAAUGUAUACAAUAUAAUGGAG